AUGAUUAGACCACUAACUGCCUUCAUCUUCUUGAGCACCUUCUGUCAAAGUGCAGAGGACCGAAUACCUGUGACGGUGGUCCAACUUGGGGACACUGUCAGUUUUACAUGUGCUUUUAAGUAUGAACAAGUCUACUGGUACAAGCAAACCCCAGGACACAUGAUGCAAUUUAUUGGAUAUGUAUUUGAUGAUCUUAAAGUAAAUGAUCCUUCAGGCACAGAUGGAGCAGACUCACAGAGCUGUGAUCAUGUGACACAGAGUCCAUCCUCUGCUUCAGUGGUCCCAGGACGCUCAGUGUCUCUUCAGUGCUCACUUCAGCCCAAAAACAAAAAGAGCCAAAUCCAGUGUCCACAAGAGCAGCAGGUGCACUGGUUCAGAGCUGGAUCUGUGGAGCCUCACACUGGACUCAAUGAGCUCCCAGAGCUGCAGCUGCUGCCAGUGACUGUGGCUCUGUCAGUCUUGUUGUGUGUGUGUGUGCUCGUGAUCAUCAUUCUCUGUGUGAAGAGAGGGAGGCUCUGUAAAUACUGCAGAGAUUCUCCUGAUACUGUCAGUAGUCCACACUGUGAGAGUUCAGAAAAUAUGGACGCACGUGCAGAUGUCAACUACACAGCACUAAAUUUCUCCUCCAGAAAAGUGAAACAGAGACAGAGCAGUAACACAAGAGGAGAGCAGGAGUGGUGUGUACUCCAGUGUGAGAGCAGAGCACCACUGAGAGAACCAAUCAGAGUGUGGAGGGGCGCCCUGUCAUGGCUGUUGGCAGCCUUGGCCCUGAGCCUCGUGCUGAUGGUGAUCUUGAGGAACAGUAAUAUGGAUCACUUCACCACCACUCCCGCUCCCCUGGACCUCCAGACUUUUCACCGAUUCAAUGUGGACUGCUCUGCAAUAUACGACAUGGACCCCAUGGAAGUGUGGAGAGCUUUAACAUUAAGGAAACACAUUGUGGAGGAAUCGGAUGAUGGCCUGGUCAAUCUCACAUCGAAUUGCAAUGUUUUCCUCAAGUCUAGAGGCUAUAACGAUGUAUGCUUGUCACAGGAGGAGAAAACCUUCCCAUUGGCGUAUUCAUUAGUUGUCCACAAAUAUGCCUGGAUGGUGGAGAGACUUAUCAAAGCAUUAUAUUCUCCUAACAAUAUUUUCUGUAUUCACUACGAUGAGAAGUCUUCAGAUAAGUUCCGUUCAGCAAUGGAAAGCUUGGCCCGGUGUUUGCCAAAUGUUAUGAUUGCUUCAAAAAGAGAAUAUGUGGUCUAUGCCAGCAUUACCAGAUUAAAGGCAGAUUUGCAUUGCAUGUCAGACCUUUUGAAGUCAGAGGUUAAGUGGAAGUACAUUAUCAACCUUUGUGGACAGGAUUUCCCCCUCAGACCCAAUACUGAAUUAGUGAAUGAACUAACCAAAUUAAAAGGUGCAAACAUGUUAGAGACUUGCAGACCUACUCCGUAUAAAAGUGAAAGAUAUAAGUAUCACCAUGAAAUUAAAGAUGUCAACCAUGAAUACAAAAAAAUGCUCAUCAAAACAAAUAGGGAGAAGAAGUCACCACCUCAUGGGAUUGAAAUGUUUACCGGCAGUGCUUACUUUGUCCUGUCAAGGGAAUUUGUGGAGUAUAUGCAAUCCUCUGAUGUGGUCAAAGAUUUUCUGGCUUGGUGUGAAGAUACCUACUCCCCCGAUGAACAUUUCUGGGCAACCCUUGCACGUUUGCCUGGUGUACCAGGAGAGGUUCCCCGGUCACACCCAGAUGUCACUGCUAAAAUGAGUAAGACGAGGCUGGUCAAGUGGUCCUACAUGGAGGGCCAUUUGUACCCACGCUGCACUGGUGUGCACAUACGGGGUGUUUGCAUCUAUGGUGUGGCAGAAAUGCGCUGGCUACUUGACAACGGUCACUGGUUUGCUAAUAAAUUUGACUCCAAAAUAGACGCUGUUAUCAUUCAGUGCCUUGAGGAGAAUCUACAGAAAAGACAAAAGUUACUUCAGUCUCUUGCUGAUUGUUCAUAA